AUGGUUUCUGAGAACUCCGACUUGUCGUUCACAUUGAACUCUUUGCCCGAGAGCAAGGAGUAUUUAACGGAGGAGUCACUUGAUAUCUUGCUGGUUGACGCCGGAGAUGUCUGCCAUCAGGUAAGCGACGUUUCCUCUGGAGUCGGAGAACUGUUUCUCGAUGUUGUACGAGGACAAGAUCUCGUUCACGGUUCUCAACACACCAGGAACGUUCUGAUGGAUGUACAAGACUCUGACGACGUUCUCCUGGUCGAGGUCGAGGCCACGGAGAGAGACUUCUGGGAAGUUGACGGCUCCAAUGGACGAACCUUCGUUGAUGUAGCUGGUCAGGGCAGUUCCGACUUCGACACCAAUGGCACUCUGGGCCUCCUCGGUGGAGCCUCCGAUGUGCGGAGUGAGGAUCACGUUCUUCAGAGACUGCAGCUCGGAGAUCCAAGGGUUCAGGUCGUUGGUGAACAGUGGACCGUUCUUGGCUGGCUCGUGAGGAUACACGUCCAGAGCAGCACCCGCGAGUUUUCCGAGCUUGAGGGCGUCGAUCAGCGCUGGGAUGUCGACAACGGUUCCUCUGGCAUUGUUCAGCAAGUAGGCACCGUCCUUCAUGGCGGCCAGCUGUGGCGUGGAGAUCAUGUUCUUGGUCUCUGCGGUUUCAGGAACGUGCAGAGUGACAAAGUCGGAGCUUGCCAACAGCUCGUUCAAAGUAGGCACCUGUUUGGCAGUACCAAGAGCCAUGAUCAUCAAGACGUCGUAGUAGAUCACGUUCAUACCAAAGGCCUCGGCAAGCACCGACAACUGCGAGCCAAUGUGGCCGUAACCAACAAUACCAAGGGUCUUGCCUCUGAUCUCCCAGCACUUGGCGCUGACCUUGUUCCAGACGCCGUUGUGGAGCUCGGAGGAACGGUCACCCAGCUGUCUGGACAGGGCGAUGAUCUCACAAAUGACAAGCUCUGCAACCGACCGCGAGUUGGAGAACGGCGAGUUGAACACGGCGAUACCGGCAUUGGCCGCAAACUCAAGGUCGACCUGGUUGGUUCCAAUACAGAAACAGCCAAUGACACUAAGGUUCUUGGCGUGUUUCAAAACGUUGGCUGUCAGCUUGGUCUUGGAACGGAUACCAAUAGCAUGCACGUCCUUGAUCUUCUCGAUCAGGUCCUCUUCUCCAAGCGAGGUCUUGUGGAACUCGACCUGGUAGCCCUGGGCGUUGAAGAUGUCGAUGGCUGUCUGGUUGACGUUUUCCAAAAGCAAGAUUUUGAUGUCACCGGUGGAAAAUGGCUUCAAGGUCUUGGUGGACUUGGAGAUCGAAAGCGAUCUGGUGCGCAUCUUGUCCAUGUACGACAUGGUCGGCGAGGUGGAGACCGCGUUGGACGAGGAGAUGCUCGAACGUUUCAGCGAGUUGCUCAGGGUGGAGAUCGGGACGGGAGAGGUCAUUGA